AUGCCGCAUCGGACGACCUACUUUUUUCCACGGCAAUUUCCUGACAACCGCGAAUUUGAUCCAUCCUCGUCAAAGUUUUUCUUAGAUCACGAGAAGAAAAUCAGCGCCACCGCAAGUGUUCAUGAAUCCGCACAUUCGAAAGCAACAGGUACAGGCACAGUGAGUACUGGUCGUGAUAGAUAUGGUGAAAAGGUUACACGUGUUUCUUAUACAGCUGUAUCUGAGCCUGAGGAGGAGAAGGAGAAGCAGCAUCUACAUGGUUUCACGGGUGAUAAGAUCCACCGAAAGCAAGUGGCGGCUUUUGUCAACUGGUUAGCUGAGAAGAAAAAGAAAGACAGUCACGUGAGGAUUAAGUUAGAAGGUUGUGAUGAUGAAAGUGAAGAACAUGAGCAGUUGCUUCCGCCGGCACCGGAGGCUGUGUCGCCGGAGAUUGUGCAGGUCGAGGUUGGCCAUCAUUUACCAGCGCAGGAGAAAGAUCAGCAUGUGUUUGACCGGCAGCUUUGUUUGACCGGUGGGAGCAAUUUCGAUUAUAGUGUUGGGAGGGAGAGUGGGUUUGUGAGGCCUUCCUCGUUGCAGAGGUUGUCGAGUUUGGGGAGUACUAGCUAUGCUGGAAGUUUGUUCUCCGGUGGGACGACGACGAUUUUUGAUGCAAAUUGGACUAGUAGCACUGGAGUUAAGGACUCGACGACGAGGACGAGGGAAAUUGAAGAGGUGGAAGAGGAUGAAGAAAGGGGUAAUAAGAACAGUACGGUGCAGAAGUCUAAAGAGAGUUAUUACUUGCAGCUGACUCUUGCGAAACGGCUCACUGAACAAGCCACUCUUGCUAGUGAGCCUAUGCUUUUGAAAGAGUGCACGAGUGCUGUGACUUCUGAUGCACAAACUGUAUCCUAUGCUCUCUGGGUCAAUGGUUGCUUGUCAUAUACGGACAGGAUAUCAGAUGGGUUUUAUAACAUUUUAGGUAUGAAUCCAUAUUUGUGGGUGAUGUGCAAUGACGUAGAGGAAGGUACAAGUUUGCCGUCUCUGAUGGCACUUAAAGCUGUUGAUCCCAUUGAUACAUCAAUGGAGGUAGUUCUUGUGGAUCGGCGUGGCGACUCCCGGCUCAGGGAGCUAGAAGAUAAAGCUAAAGAGCUGUAUUUUGCAGCAGAAAAUACUUUGAUGUUAGUAGGCGAACUCGGCAAACUUGUUGCUGUCCAUAUGGGGGGCUCUUUUCCAAUGGAGCAAGGUGAUCUUCAUAUGCGCUGGACUUUUGUGAGCAAGAGAUUGAAAGAUAUGCAGAAAUGUACAGUGCUUCCCAUUGGGAAUUUAUCCAUGGGACUUUGCAGGCACCGAGCAAUUCUCUUCAAGAAAUUGGCCGAUUAUGUAGGUUUGCCCUGCAGGAUAGCUCGAGGCUGCAGGUACUGUGUUGCAGACCAUCGAUCUUCCUGCCUUGUAAAAGUUGAGGAUGACAUGAGGUCAUCAAGGGGGCAUGGAUUACAAGGUAACAUCAUGUAG